UUAUUUCCAGAUCAGUGCGGGCUGUUCCGGAGACUCUGAGUGUGUGUCCUCAGUCGGGGUGUGUGUGAUGGCUCCGUUACUCCGCGCGCUGCGCGCGGGGCUCCGCUCCGUGUGCCUCGCUCGCGCCGUCUCUAACAGCGCGCGCUCCCGGGGCGCCGUCGUGACCGAGCUGCAGCCGCGCGCGGCUGACCGAGAGGAGCACGGGGAGGUCAACCAGUUCCAGCACAAUCCAGAUUACCACGGCUUCUCCUCAGACCCAUUUGUGGAUGAGUGGAACAUGAGGCUGGCCUUUUUCUUCAGCAUUUCCAUGGCCAUCGUUAUUGGAGGAACCUUUAUCCAUUAUUUACCAGACCACGGUAUGAGGCAGUGGGCUCGCCGCGAGGCCGAGCUGCUGAUCAAACAGAGGGAGGCUCAGGGGCUGCCGCUCAUCGACGAGAACUACUACGACCCCAGCAGGAUCGUUCUCCCCUCGUCAUCGGACGAGUAGUACCCUUAUCAUUUGUGUGUGACUGUACAUUAAAUUCUAGUAAACUAUCACAAUAAACAUCUAAUGUUGUUACCACGCCUCA